AUGGGGAAUGGAUAUCAUCAGCAGAUCAACCAUAAGGGAACGGUUCUGCCAUUGUUGUGCUCCAAGCCCUCCAUUAAAGACGUGGUUCUUCCCAAAUGGCAAAUCCAGAGGUCAGCUUCUCUCUCCGAAGACCCCUUGUCCCCAAAGAUCAGUUGCACGGGACAAGUGAAGAGGAACAACAAGAUCAUCGGGUUCCCAGCUCCUCACACCAGGAACACCUGCUGCAACAGCAGUGCCAAAUACUUCAGGCUCAAGAAGCUGUUUUCUGGUAAGAAUUUGACUGCAAGUCCGGCCACGAAUGCUGCCACCAGUUGCACAAGGAAGAAAGAGAAUUGUGGGUUGAUCAACAUUGAAACUAUGGAUCCACCGUUGCCUGUCGUAAAGAAAGGAGAUGUUAAGAGAGAUGGAUCAGACACUCUCUGGCAGAGGAGAUCACGUGGGGCUGCACUGCAGAGAUUGCAACUUCAACUUGAUAGACAUCAACAACCUACCACCGUAUAA